CGAAAAUCUAUUAUGGACUCUCCACUGCCUCAAAAAUACCUCAAGAUCCAAAUUCAAGACGACCUGAAGUAUGAUGUCCGCGUCGAAAAUGCGGAACUUGAAAGGGGCAAAUUUUACAAUGAGGAUGAUGGAAGCGAUAUCUUGAAGGCCGACGAUGUUGACGACAUGAUUAUUCGCCAUAACGGUGGGAUCCGGAAUGUCUGCUCUAUGGACGAAUCUGAAGGACACCUUGAUCUUGUUGAUGACGUACGUGAUACAAAGAUUUGCAGUUUAACCUGGAGAGCGUCUACACAGCUCAGAGAACCCAAUGAGAUCAAGAAACUCGACCAAGAUGAGAGGUACAUAGUUGACAUUGGGAGGUGGAAUGAAUCUGUGACUACGGGAUGCGUACCCGUUACGAUAAAGGAACCAGAUUGA